GAAGCUGGAUGGAAAGCACAGUAUGAAAGAACCAGAGAUCACUGUAUUCACGGAUUAGGCUGCAAGACUGGACCUUCUUGUAAAAGUGAGUGAAAACUUUAUUACAGUGGUGUAUAUCUUAGAAGUCUCCUUAAGAGACCACGAGGAAGUGACUCGACAAAAUGAUUUAAUCCGUCUUUAACAGAAUAACUCCGACAGUUGGUUAAUGAAUGAACGAAUAAACUUUACGAACGUGUCAAUACAAUAUCUAGUAGAGUUAAAACCCUCAUCUAAUAGGGGACACCUAAAGCGCGAUACAAUGAUGACAUUCAGUUGGAAUAAAACGAAUUUUUUAAAUUUACAGUGAGCACGAUACAAUGAAAAGUUAUCAACUUGUUAGUGGCCAGCUUUAAAAAAAUACGUAACGUUGAUGGGUAAUGCAGUCCAUGAUUAAGAUAUGGUCAUGCUAUCUUUCUUUAUCGCAUCCCAUCCCAGCCCAUCCUAUCCCAUCCUAUCCUAUCCCAUCCCAUUCCAUUCCAUUCCAUUCCGUCCUAUCCUGACCUGUUCAUUAGAAAGAAAAGACAGCAUAAUAGCAUUCCAAUAUCAAUACCUUGUAUGGUUACUUGGUAUUGGCCAUUUUGAGGUUGCGCGUCAGGUUCAGGUUAUUGGUAUGUCGAGAGCACUUUGAUCCCUUUUGGGACGCUACGGCUUCAUUCAUUGGUUGUUACGAGGUUGCGCAAGAAACUGGGUUAAGAUUUCUCUCGCAAAACAGUCCCAUAGUGCAAUUGGACUGGCCACUCUAUGGUCAAGAGUGAUAUUUCACAUAUAUUUACAUGAAGUCAAAUGGCAACCAUGAGAAAAAUGGCUAACCAUUGGAUCGAUCACCGUUUCUGGAAAAACUCCCAACCUCCCCACCCCUAACCCAUGUUUCUUUCCUAAAGCCAUUCGUUAGGGAAAAACGAGAGUUAAGGUGGGCUGGGAGGGACCCAGAAGCUGUAAAUAAUUCAACGAGAUCCCGUUUUUGUUUGUUUGUCAGCCGGCUGUCGCAUUACUCAGAUCCAUUUAUUGUGUGGUGGAAUUAUUCCUCUGUUGUCUGCGUUGGAGAUGGCCAUGGCUAAAAAUGCUGAUAAAAUUGGUCUCAGGUAAAUAACUCUUCACCCCUUCGCUUCCAAAAGAACUGACUAUCAAAAGCAUGAAUCGCUCUAAAAGCCAAAGUACUGCUAAAAAGGUUAUAUCUGAAUGGUCGCACAAUGUAUUCACAGUAUGUUUUAGCGGUUGACAUUGUAUCCGUCUGGCGACUUCGGUUCCCGAGGCGUCAGUUUUGGUCGUGUCAUUGUGUUUGCUUCUUGUCGCCGAGCAGUAUUUCUUUUUCCUUUUUGUUGCAGCAAGGAAAGUCGAUCUCUGAGAGUAGUCCGCGUUGAGCUAGAUAACGGUCAGCGGCUGGUAGGUCUGCGUUACCCAGAGCAACUCAUAUCCGAAGCUACAUUG